AUGUCAUCAGACCCUAGCAAGAUGCCCACCCCUGGGUCAAAGAAGAGCCCGGACUGGAAAGGGAAGGUAGAGGAGCUGUUGGAAUUUUUCGAAGACUUUGAGGAGUUGGCAAAGGUAGCAAGCUUGAAGGACGAGGAGAAGAUGAAGUGGGUGUUGAAGUAUGUGGCUGAGAAGAGCACGAGGAAGUUUUGGAAGUCUCUGGACGCCUACAGCGCAACUCCGAAGGAUUGGGCUGCUUUCAAAAAGGAGGUUUUGGAGCAGUAUCCGGGUGCCGAGGAAGGCGAGGCAUACACUGUGCGCGACUUGGAGAAAUUGACGAAGGCGACAGCUGAAAAACGCAUCAACACGGAGGAACGUUUUAUGAAGUAUUACUCACAUUUCAAGCCAAUGGCGAAGUUCCUAGUUGCCAAGAACAAGAUCAGCACACUGGACAGUAAUCCUGGAAUGGCCUGCCCAAGGCGACGAGGAAGUUGA